ACUCGUAAACUCGUUGCGACUGCGGCACCCCCGACCCGGGAGCGUCGGUCCGGCCCGGGAGCAUCGGUCCGACCCGGGAGCGUCGGUCCGGCCCGGGAGCGUCGGUCCGGCCCGGGAGCAUCGGUCCGACCCGGGAGCGUCGGUCCGGCCCGGGAGCGUCGGUCCGGCCCGGGAGCGUCCCGCAGGAUUUAUCAUUCCCAAACUUUGGCCAGAUGGAAGAGGAGACUGCAAGGAAGAGAAAGAUGCUCUGGGACACCCAGGCAGGGAAUGACCUGCACACAGAGACCAGAGAAGACAAAUGCCCAUGUCAGAAUCUUGUGGAAGUGGCUGUUUUAAGCAGCUCCACUGCGCAGGAAGUCAACAAGGAGGAAAAGCCUGAGAGAUCCCCCAUGAGGCGCAGCUCCAAACCCAGCCCAGGGAGCUCUGAGGAGGAAAGACCCAGCCUGUGCCAGGACGACAGCCGGAGCUUCAGCCAGAGCUCGGAGCUGGUGAUCCAUGAGCAGCUUCAUGACAGGGAGAAGCCCUACAAGUGCUUGGAGUGUGGGAAAAGCUUCAGCUGGAGCUCCCACCUGAUCCGCCACCAGAAGGUCCACACUGGGGAACGGCCCUACACAUGUGGGGAAUGUGGGAAGAGCUUCAGCCAGAGCUCUGACCUGCUGGUCCACCAGCGCCUUCACACAGGGGAACGCCCCUACAAGUGCUUGGAAUGCAGAAAGAGCUUCAGCAAGAGGUCCAGCCUCACAUACCACCAGCGCUUCCACACUGGAGAGCGGCCGCACGUUUGCUUGGAAUGUGGGAAGGGCUUUAUCCAGAGCUCCCAUCUCAUCAGCCACCGCCGGCUGCACACUGGGGAACGGCCAUACAGCUGCUCGGAAUGUGGAAAGAGCUUCAACCGCAGCUUCAGCCUUGUCAUCCACCAGCGUGUCCACACCGGGGAACGGCCCUACGAGUGUCCCCAGUGUGGGAAGAGGUUUCAGACCAGCUCCGAUGUCCUCAUGCACCAACGGAUGCACACGGAGGAGAGGCCCUUCCGCUGCAUGGAUUGUAGGAAGGGCUUCAUCCGUAGCUCUGACCUAGUCAAGCACUGGCGUGUCCACACUGGGGAGAGGCCCUACAGGUGCUUGAAGUGUGGGAAGAGCUUCACCCAGAGUUCUGCCUUGACCUCACACCAGCGGACCCACUGGUAAGAGAAGCCCUACAAGUGCUGCAACUGUGGCCAGAGCUUCAGCUGGAACUCGGAGCUGGUGAAGAAGCCUCACAAUGGGGAGAAGUCCCACAAAUGUUUGGAAUGUGGGAAGAGCUUCAGCCGGAGCUUCCACCUCCUCCGCCACCAGAUGAUCCACACAGGGGAACGCCCCUAUGAGUGCUUGGAAUGUGGGAAGAGCUUUAGCCGGAGCUCUUGUCUGAUCCGCCAUCAGGUAAUUCACACGGGGGAACGGCCCUACAAGUGCAAGGAAUGUGGGAAAAGCUUCAGUGACCGCUCCAACCUCCUCACCCACCAGCGCCUGCACUCCAGGGAACGGCCCUUUGAGUGUGGGGAGUGUGGGAAGAGCUUCAGCAUCAGCUCUGACUUGAUCCAGCACCAGAAGAUCCACAGUGGAGAACGGCCCUACGAGUGUCCUGAGUGUGCAAAGAGGUUUCGGACCAGCUCCCAUCUCCUUCUGCAUCAACGGAUUCACACGGAUGAGAGGCCCUUCCGCUGCCCCGACUGCAGGAAGGGCUUCAAACGCAACUUCCACCUGACCCUGCACCGGCGCAUCCACACCGGGGAGAAGCCCUAUGAAUGUCCCGAGUGUGGGAAGAGCUUCUCCUCCAGCUCUGGCUUGGCCCGACACCAACAGUCCCACUUGUAAAGGAAGCCCUGCUGUGGAGGCUCGAGGGGCUACCACUGAGCUGUAAUCACCAGGAUCAAAGAAAGACACCUCUUUGAAUAAAAUGGUCUCACUUGUUGGAGAAGAUUAAAUGGGAAAGCCUUAUGAAUAUGAUUGCUUAGCAAAGGAUUUGGAAAAUAUAGAGACUGUAAGUGAAACUGAGAUGAGAACGAGCUUUGAGAUUUUGGACCUUGGUGUCUAAGCACUGGUGGACAGUGGUGUAGCUGGUAGAAUGUAGCUCCCUUUUUUGACCCACAGACAGAUCCAAGGGUCAGAUAAAGUGUUCUGAUUCAUCCCUCAAAAAUGAAUAGUUUAUCCCCCACCUGUAACCCUCACCUGAAGUAUCAUGUAUCUGUAAUCCCAUUGGUCCAAAGUAUUACUCCGCACCCACUCUCAAGCCUCCUUGAUAAGGUGUACCCAGGAGACCAGAGCCCCUUCUCCUGCCCCUUCUCCUGCACUCUCUCCCUCCCCUUCUCUCUGCCCUCUUGGACCCUCUCUUGGAACUCUCUCUCGCUAUCUUGCCCUACCCCCACUCCUUGGGGCCUGCUUCGAGCUGCAGCUGGCAGGACCCCACAAUACACUGUAUAUCCUAAUGUCGGUCUCAGAUUCAGUCAAAGAGGGAAAUGGAGAGUUUCUAACCAGGCAGAAGCCUGGGAACCUGUUGGAAAA